AUGGCCUUAGAAGCGCGCGUGCAGUUUCUUGAAAGUCGAUUAGAAAACGCUCUAGCAAGUCCAACGAACAGCUCUACCAAAGGACGCCCAGAAGAGUCAAGCUCGACGACUUUUACUGAAUCCACAAAUUCAGUGGAUGAUCUGACUCAGGCAUUUGGGUGUUUCACAUUAGGGGAUACCGGGGAGCUUCGGUUCUUCGGUGCUUCCAGUAACUUUAGCAUUAUACAAAAUCCCUCGCUCAAAGUCGCUUCAUCACUUGAGGCUCGAAACCGGGGCAUCGCAGCAGCUCAGCAGAAUCCUGGAUACUUCGAGCCCUCGGCGGAGUUACAGGAUCAUUUAUUGAGUUUGUUUUGGCGAUGGCAAAACUCUUGGCAGUAUAUUGUAUCUCGAGAGUCAUUCGUUCGUGAUCUUUAUGUCGAAAAGAGCGGCCGUUACUGUACACCACUUCUCUUGACAGCUAUCUUGGCGCUCUCUUCUCGAUACUCGUCCAGACUUGAGCUUCGCAUGGACUUGGCUGAUCCAAACACAGCGGGUGCGAUAUUCGCCAGACAAGCCAAAAUUAUGCUGGAUUGCGAAUACGAAGCUCCUACGACAUCCACUGUCCAAGCAACUGCGAUUUUGGGUCUAUACUGGGCUUCGAUCGAUAAUGAAGGCCUUGGAUUCAUGUAUAUUGGGAUGGCAUCUCGCAUGGCCAUGAACCUGGGGCUGCAUUCGGACUGCUCUCAUUACGUGGCUAAGGGCUUGAUCACCCAGGAAGAUGUGGAAGAGCGAAGCAUCGCCUUUUGGGGAAUAUAUGUGCUCGACAAGUAG